AUGACGGUCGCCGUGACCACAUUAUCUCUGCGACAACUCUAUAUUGCCUAUAAUGAUGAUAAAAUAAAUUUGGCAAAUGCUGAAAUCUUAUAUUACUAUAUAGGUAUUGUGGCUGUUAUAUUAACCUAUAUCUUACAAUUGGUCCGAUCGAACGAAAUAAAAACGUUUGUUAGUCAAGUACCAUUACUCGAACUGAUGGAUUAUUUUGAAUUAAAUCAAAGAGCGGUGAAAUCUUCUAUUGUUAAAAUUGUUGUAAAAACACUAUUGUUUCCAAUAAUACUUGAAAUUAAUUUAAUAAUACGCCAAAGGCGUAAAGAUACUGUGAUUAAUCUCUUUCCCUUGGUCGCAUCGAAUUUCUUGCCAAAUUGUGUUUUCAGUGCCCUCGUCAUCUGCUAUCAUUAUAUGCAGGCAUUAAAUAGUUACUUGGAAAAAGUGGAAAAGGAUGCAAAUCUCUAUCAGGAUGUAAAACAGAUGAUAUUACAUAAGCCAUUUCAUCGUAUGCAAGCAUUUUGUAAUAUGGCCGAUAAAUUGGAUGAGUUGUCGGAAAAAUAUUCGAUAAUUUGUAAAAAUAUUUUAAAAUAUGUUGAGAUCAAUUCUGUGGCAAUAUUGGCAGCGUUGUUGUGUAAUCUUUUUGCCAUAACUGGCGGAUUGUUUCAACAAUAUAAUGCCUUGGCCGAUACGCUGAUUAAUAAGGAAAGUUACGAUCUCUUUGAUGCCAUGACAAAUGGGGUAUUUUUGGCAAUAGCCAUAGCUGAUAUUGCAUUGUAUGGAAGUAUGGCUAAUGAUUGUUUGGAAAUGGUCCAAGAAACCUCAAUAAUUCUAAAACGCAUACAGCUGAAUAAUUGUGAUAUACGUUUUCGCCAAUCGGUUGAGAGAUUUUCGCUACAAAUUUUUGUGGAAAAUUUCAAAAUCCAACCAAUGGGAAUGCUGGAGAUUAAUGUUGGACUGCUGCAUGAUGUUCUAUCGGCUGUGACAAGUUUCCUUUUAAUUCUCAUACAAAGUGAUUUGACAUUACGGUUUUCAUUGAAAUAAUUGUAUUGA